AUAUAUAUAAGAUAUAAAGAUAUGAUAUCAGCUCUUUCUUGGAUUCCCAGAGGUGCUUCAAAGGCAAUACCUCAAAAGUAUGACCCAUCACAAGAUGAGGACAUGAUGAGAGCAGAGGGUAUCGACAAGUUGGAACUAGAGGACGAGUUGAGAGAUGCUGAUCAGGACGAAGAUGAGGAGAACAGUGAGCAACAAGAGGAGGAGGAUAAUGAGGAACAAGAGGAGGAAGAGGACGAGGAGAAAGAUCAAGACAAGGAAUUCAACGAUAGAUACAACAUGGAUGAUUAUGAUGAGGACGAGGAGGAGCAAGGUCAGGACGAGGACACUGGUCUCAAGUUUAUCAACAAGGCAAUGAAGGGCCUGAUGUACUACAAGACCGGAGAUGAGGAUCCUUAUCUCAACGAGCAAGACGAGGACAUUGAGGACUUGGAGGACUUUAUCAUCAGACCAACUGAUGCCAUCUUGAUCGCUGCCGUUGCCAACGACGAAGACGAUUUCUCACAUCUCGACGUGAUGGUCUAUGAAGAAGACUGUGACAACCUCUACGUUCACCACGACAUAAUACUUGGAUCAUUCCCCAUCAGUUUGGCAUGGAUGGACCAGAGCCCCAUCGGAGGUGCCGAGAAAGGCAGCUUUGUUGCAAUCGGUACCUUUGAGCCUGCCAUCGAGAUUUGGGAUCUUGAUCUAGUCGACAACCUGAUACCAACUGCCAUCCUUGGUCAAUCAGAGGUUGACAAGGGUCAAAGAAAGAUCAACACAUUUACUCAUCACAAGGACAAGGUCCAAGCAUUACAAUGGAACAAACAAGAGAAGACAGUACUGUUGUGUGGUUCAUACGACAAGAGUAUAUCAAUUAUCGAUGUCAGAUUGGACGGAUCAUCAUACUUUAAGUGGCCAUUGAGCUCAGACUGUGAGUCCCUGCAGUGGAACCCUCACAAUCCAAAGGAGUUUGUCGUUGGUACUGAGGAUGGUAUGCUCACAUGCUUUGAUGCUACGUUGGGCUCUAACAGCAAGCCUCUAUGGCAGGUGAAGGCACACACCAAGUCAGUUGCCUCUUUCUCAUUCUGUCCUUCGCAGGCUGGAUACUUUGCUACUGGUUCCUCCGACCAUACCAUUAAGCUGUGGACAAUGGCAAAUGGAAAGCCAACUCAAAUCGAACAAAAGAGCAUUGGAGAGGAAGUAUUCUCAGUAUCAUUCUUUGAAAACUCACCAUUCGUCUUGGCCAUUGGAUCAGAGCGCAAUAGACCAGUUGUGGUCAACACAAAGAGAUUCAAAUCAGUUCAGACUGCAUUUGGUGUCACUGCCCCUGAGGGUCCAAAGGGUGAACCAAAGUUUGGCAACAUAGACAAGCCUCGUCAGAAGAAGAAGGUUGGCGAGAGUGAUGAGGAGGACGAGCGUGACUACGAAUCAGACGAAGAAGAAAUGGACGAC